UCUCAAUUUCCUUACGUUUGACUGUAACCGUGUUCAACAACGGAUGAUAAGUUACAGCGUGCAACAACAAGAGUGAUCAUUACCGUAGUUUAAUGUUACGGUAAACAUCACUAUGGGAACACUACGGGUAUUAUUGAUUAGUGUAUUUGUCUGCUUCACAAAAGUUACGGCUGAUGCUCAGUGUCCAUGCGUGUCACAACAAGAUUGCCCGGCGGACCAAUCCUGUAUCGAACAAAUAUGUGAGAGCCCAUGUCCUAGUCUUUGUGGGGAUUUCACAAUAUGUCAAGUAGAUGAUCAUAUCGCUUCGUGCUAUUGUGAACCAGGAUACUCUGGCGACCCAUACAUCGGGUGUUACGAUCAAUAUGAUAUAGGAAACUGGCCUCCAUAUCAUGCAACCACAAAACGAUAUACAGUGGAACCAGUCACGGUAAAUUGGCACACAGCGUUUGCGUACUGCUUACAACUCGGAGGUCGUCUCGCAACUAUUGAAUCAAGGGAGGAGAAUGCACUCGUAAAGGAUGUUAUAGUAAAAUCAGGUCUUGGAACCCAGUUUUGGAUCUCUGGAGCCGACUACUCUCACCAGGGUCACUGGACAUGGAUGAGCACCGGACGACCCUUCAACUUUACGGACUGGAGCCCUGGACAGCCGGACAACUACCAGGGGGUGGCGGGGGGAGAGCACUGCCUAGAGCUGAGGGAGGACUACCAGUACCUAUGGAACGACGGGAACUGUCCACAACCACAUUUUCCCAUCUGUGAAUAUUACGACUGAAAAUUGUUUGAUUCUCUCUGAUUGUAACAUCAAUGAUAAUCUUCAACAAUACCAUUUGAAAUA